AUGGCGCAGGCCCCGCCGGGCCCGGGCCGCGGCUCCCUGGUGGCCUACGAGCUGGGCGCGGGCGGCCGCAUGGCCUCUGUCAGCUUCCAGAGCGCCGCCAUGGGCGGCGUUUUCGCCCGCUUCCCCCGGGCGCUGCUGGUGCACCGGGCCGCUGGGACGGCCGGCCGGGUCCUCUACGUCUUCCUGGUGGCCGGACCGGCCCCGGGGCUGCAGGGCGGCAUGGCCAGGGUGGUGCACCUCGCCGUCCCGCGGGACGAGUCGGCGGGGAGCCUGGCCCGCAUGUACGGGGCGUUCCGGGCCUUCAACCCCGCCUGGGCCGAGACCCGGCUCCUGCUGGUGGGGCCCGGCCUCCCCCAGCCGCUCACGCUCGCCCAGGCCUUUCCGUCAGCGGAGGUGCAACUCUCCGUCUUCCACCUCUGCAAGCGCCUGCAGCAGCAGGUCCAGCGGCUGGCCUUGGAGGACCGUGUCGAGCGCCUGAUCCUGGCCGCCCUGAGCGACACCGUGCACGCAGCCACCGAGAGCAGCCGCAGGAAGAUGCAUGCGCUCCUGAGGGACCUCGUGGCGCCCGACUUGCUGCCUCAGCUCCAUAUUCGCUGGCUGCUCGAUGAUGAGAUCUGGGCUGCACACAGGGAGAGGAGUUGGGGGGAGGCCAGUAACUACUUUAGGGACCUGGAGAUCGUUACCCAGGGGUUAAGCCAGGUUUUCAGCGCUGAGCUCGCUUUGGAGAGCUGCAUCACCUCCUUAGCCCGGCACUACCAAAAGUGUGUUUCUAAGAGCCCUGCUGAUGCUGCGAUGUGCUCCGCUCCCCAUCCUGAUCACUGUGCCGCUUGGGCAGCUCCCCAAAGCCUGCCUGCCUCAGGUUCGCCUCUCGCCCCUGUGGCGUGCCAGGGUAAGCUGCUUCAGAGCUCCAUCCAGGCCUCCCCCACCACAGCAGCAGCUCAGCAGCAGCAGCCAGUGCCGGCUUCGCUCACAGCUGCUGAGAGUCCCGUGAUUGUUCUCCAGAGUCGACCGUCAGCUCCUCAGCUCCCUGCAGCUCUUCAGCAUCAGCCUGAAACCCCCCAGGCUCUCCUCCUCCAGAGGGAGCCCAUGAGCCCUCAGUCCUCAUUAGAUCCUUCCUCUCCUGUGGCUAAACUGGAGGCCACAGAAAACCUGGAGGGUGACAGUGAAGAGGAGAUUAACAGAAGGACUGAGGAAGGCAUCAAGCAGUCUUUGAGUGAUAUUUGCACAGAGCCCGCUGCCAGACUGUGCCUGAGUGAGUUCGCAGUGGUUCAGAAGUCCGUGCAGCUGAUAGGUACCGGGGAGGAUGCUCUCAGCAUACAGGUUCUGGAGGAUGCCCACAGGGUCAACAUGAAAGGCCCGAGCAGCUGCACUUGCCACUUCAACCAGGUCUUCCAGCUGCCCUGCCGGCACAUCCUGGCUGUGCUGAAUUCGGACAGGAAGACCUUGCAGCCAGAGAUGCUCAGCAGACAGUGGCAGAAGGGAUGUGAUGCCCAUCAGGCUGGGCAAGACAGUGCUGAUGGCCUCCUGGAGAUCCUGAAGAGCUCCUGGAAUGAGUCUUUGGAUAAAUCCCUGGUGGUGUCCUUCCUCACGGCAGAGGUCAGCCGGCUUCUCACCCACUGCAGCAGGGAGGAGUUUGAGCACAGGUACAGGACACUCCGGGAGCUGGCUGACAGCUGGAUUGGGCCCUACGUCGAGGUGAAGCUCUAGCACUGAGCGGGAGCCGAGCUGGCCGCUCUGUGUGUGAGCCCUCGGGAGCAGCGGGGCAGCAGAUGUGUGGGAGACCUGUUUGUCACUCUGCUGGUGUCCCGGCUUCCACAUGCACUCCCCUCAGCCUGCCACCCUCUCAAGGCUCAGCAUGGAAGGGGCAAUUUGGGCUCCUUAUCCACUGAGCGAGCGUCACAUCUUGCACAGGGCAGCUGAGGAACCGGAUUGGGAACUCUGGAUCAUGCUGGAUGGGUAGCUGGCCACUGACCUGGCUAACAGGAGAUGUGGCUGGGAGCCAACCAUGGGUGGUGUGGUGUGGGAGGUGAUGGUGUAAUAACAUGUGACAAAAUUACUUGAUCUGCAGCCAGCACCUGCAGGUCCUUCCAGCAUCCAGCUGCGAUGUGUUGUGCAAGAAAGCCAAUAAAUCGGCA